AUGGUGACUGGAAAAAUUCCAUUGCAGCCUAAAAUUUAUGAAUCAGGAAGAAAUGAUAAUCAAAAGGCAAUUGUUGUGGCUGAACAAGAUCAUCCCAUCCUAGAAACUGACGCAACAAACAGGGAUCAGUCUGUGACUGGUGAGUAUAAAGGGAUUUUUGAUUUAGGGUUUAUUGCACAAGUUGUUCCCGUGGGUGUUGUUUACCUUGAUACAUAUUUUAAGGGGGAGAUUUCUCAAGGAACCAACGACAUAGAGUCUGAUGAUGAACAACUCAAUCCUAAAAAAAGGAAGUUGUCCUUCUUAAGGGGAGCAAAUGAUGUUGAAGCUGGAAGUUCCUCUGCUGUUAGUGGUUCUUCAGCCCCUCCUCCCAAGAGAUGCAUGCUGAUGUUUGACUUGGAGGAUUUAGCUAUUGUUUGA